UGCUCCCGCGUCAAACCCCGCCUUGGCUCGCUUCCUUCUUGGUACCUGCUCGCGGUGGCCUGAGGGCGUGCGGGCCGGGGGGGCCCCAACAGCGGAAGGCGGAGGGAGAGCAGGUCCCGGUGUCGCGGCGGCGCGCUCGUGGCGAGAAUCGGGAGGAGGAGACAGCAAGGAUAGGCCCAGGAGCAAUGGCGUCCAAAGAAGAACAAGUAGUAAAAAAUCUCAACAUGGAAAAUGCCAACGCGGGGCAUGAGAAAAAGGAGGAAAAGGAGCACGACGCUAAUAAAGGAGAGCCCUUGGCCCUCCCUUGGGAAGCUGGUGAAUAUUCUUUGCCUAGAGGAAGCCGUAGGCGGUCCCGCAUCCGGCAGCCCAUCCAGCAGUAUAGAUGGGAAGUGAUUGAGAAGCUUGGAGAGCCACAGGCGAGGGUGAGAGAGGAGAAUAUGGAAAGGAUUGGGGAGGAGGUGAGGCAGCUGAUGGAAAAGCUGAGGGAAAAGCAGUCCAGUCAUAGUCUGCGCGCAGUUAGCACUGACCCCCCUCGCCAAGACCAUCAUGAUGAGUUUUGCCUUAUGCCUUGAAUCCUGUUGUUUCCCCUGAAGCUAAUAGGGAGACACGCCUGCUUCCUAAACUUACAUGUUUGUGAUGUACCUUUGUUGUAAACCUUUGGAUGUUACUUGUUUCUUGUUGGGUCUCUUACUACCAGCUUCUAAUUGAAUGUUGUGUUUUUCACCCAGUCUGUAAGUUUCUGUCAGCAGGGGCGUUUUACCUAUUGCAUGGAAAGAGCUCAUUAUAUAUUGUGAUGUUAAUAAAGCAAUUUAAAAAAGCAUCCUGCGUAUAUAUUAUUUCAAAUC